AUGACCAGCAGCGUCAAUCCGUCUUUCUUUCGACCAACUCGUAUCAUUCCUUCUGAUAACUACAAACUGAUCUCGUUAUUUUUGACCGUCUUCUAUGGGAAUCUCUCGGCAAUAGGAUUCCUUUGCGCCGUUAUGUUCAAGCGCUCUUUCGUAUCUAAGGACCGGGCGGGCAAGACCGUCAAGGUCACCAAGAAGAAGUACGACGAGCUAGUUAAGGAGAAGAUGAAGCAGAAAGUGGAAAGCCCCUCGAUGGGAAGUCCCCUUACCAGCCCUAUCAUUACUAUGAUUGUUGGCCGGGACCAACGUCUCUUCGCCGCCCAUAAAGAUGUCCUAUCCGCGUCGCCGUUUUUCAGUGCUGCUCUGAAGGAGCAGUUUCUCGAAGACGGCGCAAAGCAACUGACUUUAUCUGACGAAGAACCUGAGAUUCUGUCGUGUGUUCUCGAGUUUUUGUACAAGGGCGACUACUUCCCGCGCCUGUUGCGUGGAAAGCAAAGAAACUCUUGGUCACUCGAGAACGCCCGGGAUAUCAAUGAAACUGGUGGCCGCGGGUCGAGCGAGCCGACAAUGUUCCACUCCGGAGUGGGAGAUGUCGUGCUCCGAGACACGGCAGUGUACUGUGCUGCUGAGAAGUACGGCUUGGAAGAGCUCAAGCGCCUUGCUCUCCGGAAGCAGGGUCUUCAGAGUGGUAUUCCAGCCGACGUGAUCUUGCGAUCCGCUCGAUAUGCAUAUGAUAAUACACCCGAGUCUGAUUCUCGACUGCGCGCUCAUUAUCUGGCUCUUAUAAUCCGCAGUCGCAAGACUUUCAAGAGCAGCGGAACCUUGCAGAUGGAGAUGGAGGAAGGGGGUAAGUUGUUCUUCGACCUGUUUGUGGCAAUGUGCAACCACAUGGACGACCUCUCGGAGCUGCGCACCAAGCGAUCGCCGAGAUUUUUCUAA